UGCAACCCUGUACAGCGGCCAGCCAACAAAACAUUCAUAUAAAUAAUAAUAAUAAUAAAGCGCAACGCACGGCCCCGAGGCGUCGCCAUACAACGUCAACGCAAUGGGUUUUCCGCGCAUUCUCAGCAAGAACAAUAAAAUUUAUACAAAACUCGGUGAGUUUUGCCUGUCGGGCGAUAGCUUCUGGAUCGUCUGCCACACAUGCCAGGAGGAGCUGCAAACACAGGACGCCUUCUGGAAGCACAUCCAAGAUGAGCACAAUUUUCUGCACGGCCUCGCCAAGGAGCACGGACGCAGUUCCAGCUAUUGUUUGACGGAUGUGGAGACGGCUGGAACAAGUGGCACAACAACGUUGCCAACUAGCAUGCCCAUGCCGCUGGCCUUGUAUCACUGCCCCAAGUAUAGCGAGGAUGAGCAGGAGCAGGAGCAACAGCAGCAGCAGCAGCAGCAACAACAGCAGCAACAGCACCAACAGCACCAACAGCUGCAGCUUCAACAGCAGCAACAACAACAACAACAGCGGGACGCGGCCAAGGAUCUGGCUGAUCUGCAUGCUGUGGCAGUUGCGGCUGCUGGCGAGCACAGCGCACGCAGUAGUAGCAGCAGUGUCGGAGGAGGGAAUGGUGGCGGUGGGGGCAGCAUCGAUAUCAAAGUGGAGCCCAGUAGUUUGACUUUGACGUCAGAAAUGCAGGUGGCAGCCGUAGCCGCAGCAGCAACAGCAGGGAGCAACGCAAACACCACAAUUUAUCAUUUGUCGCAAGUGGUGCCGGUGCCGGUGGCACCACCGCCGCCGCCGCCAUCAACGUCCUGCUUUGUGAAUGCGGGCACAGCGACACCAACAACGAGCACAACAAUAACAACAACAGCAACGCCACCGCCGCCACCACCGUUAUCGCAUGCCGCACUGGCCGGCCCAGUGGUUGGCAGUACGAAUGUUAAUGUUAAUGUGAACGCGAAUGCUAACGCUGCUGCGGCUGCUGCGGCCGCCGCUGUGGUGCUGCAGCAAUCAUGCAUGCCACUGCUAGCCGGCGGCCAGGAGCUGAUGCCGAAGGACUCGAAUAGCACAACGGCCAGUGCGAGCAGCGCCGUCUCUUCGGACGAUGGAGAACGUUGGUAUAUCUGCGAUUACGACACCUGUGGACUGAAAUUCAAGUACAAGUCGCGCAUGGAGCUGCAUCGGGUGGUGCACAGCAAGGAGCGGCGUUUCAACUGUGAUAUGUGCAGCGCCUCCUUCAAGCAGUCGUGCAAUCUGUCCACGCAUCGGAAGAAGAAGCACAUGAUAAGGGGCAUAAAGAGCGAGCUCCUACCUCAACGCUUCUAAUGUGCAGAGCUUUACUCUUCCUCCCCGCUGCCCAAGGACCAAGUGCAAAAACGCGCCCUCCCCCAACCACCCGACACAUCCCAUUCAAACCGAAAUCCCAUCCAUCU